AUGUCGUUGAGGAAGAUCAGAAGCGUACGGAAGUCAAGGAAUGGGUGUUUCACGUGCAAGCAGAGAAAGAAAAAGUGUGAUGAGGUAAAGCCCGUAUGUGGGCAUUGUAAAAGGCUGGGGUUCAAAUGUAAUUACGGGUUUAAGCUCUCAUGGGUUUCGAAGAAUCAAAAACUCGGCAAAGAUGGUGUAGAACUCCCGCCCAAUUUCAGGGUCAUUGAGAUUAUCAACUUCACAAGGAACGAUAUGAUGGAAAGUAUGCCCACACAUCACGAUUACGAUUUUGAGUUUCCAAGGCAAGAUGUACCACAGUAUCUCUUUGAAGAGCUGAAGAAAGAUCCAAUAAUUGGUCCACGGAUCAGUGAACAGUAUCUUUUCAGCCUUUACAAGAACGUAUUGAGUAAAACAAAGAGUUUUGCCGGUAGCAACGAAGCUUGUAAUGACUUUGUCCAGAUUGUAAUCCCCAAAUGCGACAAAUUUCCUGCUCUAUACCAUUCAGUACUUGCAUUAUCAGCAUUGGACCUUAUAAAGACCAAUUUGAAGAGACAUCUGGAGACACGGAGUGUGCUGCUGCUGAACAUUUACAAUACUCUAUUCAUUCAAUAUAAAAAUGAUGCAAUAAACUGUUUACAUGAUAUACUUGAUGGAUUUGAUGUUAACAAGGUGGAUAUGUUGGAGGAAUUGGUACUUACCAUUGUUUUACUAUGCAACUUGGAGAUCACAAAUAAGGGGAAUAAAGACUGGAUCCAGUAUCUAUCCGAGGCAUGUCUUGUUCUAAACUCUCUCAGUAGUUCAAGGAUAACAAGCAGUGGUGUCUUUACGUUUGCAUACAAGUACUUCUCUCUUAGAUAUGUUCUCCUAUUGACAACUCUAGAUACAGAAUCUUUCCUUCAAUUUAUUAGCAACAAUCCCUGGCCAAUAUUAAGAGAGGUUUUCCUAAGUGACCUCAUUGAGCCAAUGUAUGGGUGUAGUCCCAAAUUGAUAGGAAUGAUCUACCAGCUAACCUUGUUUAACUACCAAUAUGAAACCAACGAGAUGGAGUUGUCUACUUUUGUUGGGAAAGUGACGAAAAUUUGGUAUUCUCUAAAUUCAGCCACUUAUUAUGACUACAAUUUGUCCGAAGAAUUACUAUGGAGUGCUCAAUGUUACGAACUAUCAAUAAAGCUCUAUAUUUUCUCAAUUUUGGGAAAACAAAACCUGCUAUUGUUUCUAGAUGAUGACGUUGAUUAUUGUAUACCCGAAUUAUGGAGAAAACUCAAUGAUUUAUCCCAUAAAAGAAAAUCACUAUUUUUCCCCAAUUGGUGUUUUUGGAUCCUGGUUACUGUGAAUAUAGAUUCGAAUGACGUGGAAAGAGUUAAAGUUCUCAAACUUUUAGCCUUACUACAACAGAAUUGGCCAUAUAGCAGUGUCAUGGAAAUCAAACACGCUAUUAUUACAAUGUGGAAGGUGUAUGACCUUGGACUUCCCAACAGGGAUGAGAAUUCCCCUCCUUUUGAUACCCGAAGAGUUGUCACACAGCACAAGUUCAUGCUGGCAUUGACCUAG